UUAAAAUUUCAAUAAUGGAGCAUAAAAAUUUACUAACUACUCUUCGUGAUUUACAUGAACAAAAAAAAACUGGAGAACUUGAUGAAGAUGAAGAUGAUUUUUUAGAUGACAUAAAAUGGAGAGGUAUAAUUGAUUAUGAUUUAUUAGAAUCAUAUAUGGAACAUAUAAAUGAAGAAAUACGUCUUGAAGCACUUGGUCUUAUUGUUGAUUCACGUAAAAGUACACUUCAUUUUGUCCAAAAAGAACUUGAUUUAAUAGUUAAUUUUUUAACAAUAAAUCUUGGUGAAAAAAUGGAGUAUGUUCCAAUAAUAAAAAGAUCAUUAAAACGUCUUAAAGGUAGUCUUGCUGUAUUCAAAAGAAAUUCAUCACAAUUAGAAAAAUUAGAAAAACAAGAAUCAUCAAAAAAACAAAUAACAGAUAGAAUAAAUAUAUUUGAAAAAGUUAAAGAAGAAAUAAUACCAAUUAUUGAUGAAUCAAUACAACAUAUAAUAAAUUAUGAAAAAUUUUAUAUGAAAAUACGUAAUAUUUGUUUGACUGGUUUAACACCUGGUUCAACUCAUGCUAAAAAAAAUAAUAGUUUAAAAAUAUUACAAGCAUCUGAAGAAUUAUUAUCAAAUGAUUUUGCUAAAUUAAAAUGGUCAAAUGAACAAGCAACAAAAUUAUAUCAAUGUUUAUUACUUGAUACAUAUGAAACAAAUAAACAAAAUAUUUAUAAAAUAAUAAAAAAUAUUGAACCGACAAUAUUAAAAUUAGAUAAUGAAAAUAAAAUUCAUGAAAUUAUUGAUGUUGCAUUAAAACUGGGUAAUAGUAUGAGACCAGUUGAUUCAAUAACAGCUUCUUAUAUGUUAAAAAUAUGUCUUUUAUCACCGUGUAUUGAAAAUGUAUUAAAAAAUUAUUAUAAAUUUGAUAAUUUUGAUAGUCAUGAUGAUCCAGAUUAUUUAACAUUACAAAUGAUAAUUAUUGUAAUGGAAAAACUCAGGGAACCAGCAAAGUUGGCUAGUGAAAAUAUAAUUUUAGCAACAUCAAAAUAUUCAUUGUAUGGUUAUUUAACAUGCAUAAAAAGUUUACUAUCAAUGUGUGAUUUUAAUAGUAAAAAAAAUGAAUUAUGGAAAAAAACAAUAAAUAAUAUUAUUUUAAUUUGUACAAGUUUAAAUGAAUCAGCAUCAAAAAUUGUUAAUAAUUCAUCACCAGAAGGUCAUUUUCCAAUGGAAAGAAAAAAUUUAGAUAUUAAAAAAAUAAAUGAUAUAACAACAACUGUUACACCACAAAUGGUAUUACUAUGUACAUGGAGAACAGUUAAAGAAGUUAGUUUAUUAUUUGGUUAUAUAACAAGUAAAUUACCAAUUGAAGGUGAAAAAAAUUGUGAAAUUGGUUUAUUAAAUGAAGAACAAAUUGUUAAUAUUGGUAAUCAACUUGUUGCAAUGUUAUGUGAAACAAAACAUAGAGGUGCAUUUGAACAAGCACAUACUGGUUUUGAACAAAUUUGUCGUAGAUUAUGGAAACUUGAACAAAUUAAUCUUUAUAAUCUUCCAAAAAUAUGGUUAUGGCAUGUUUUAUUAGCUAUAUCUGGUUUAGCACCAGGUAAUGAAAAAUUAUGUUCAACAAGAAGAAGUGCUGGUGUACCAUAUAUGGUACAAGCUGCUAUUGUAUCAGAACCAUCUGUUAUUAAAAAAAAAGAUGCUAUUGUAUUUCAUACAACAAUGAAAAUAUUAUUAGAUAUUACAAAAAUUGAUGAUGAAUUUGAAUUAUGGGCAAAAUCAUGGGAAUUAAUAUCGACAAAUAAAUUUUUUUUAGAUAUACAAGAUGAACAUUCAAAACCAUGUAUAUUAACUGAUGAAAAUUCAAUUUGUAAUGUAACACUAACUGAAGUUAAAACACAUGCAUUAAAUAUACUUAGAUCAUUAUUUAAACAUACACAACUUGGUGAUUUAACAAAAAAUUAUGCUGAAAAUGGUUUAAUUGCUGCAAUUAAAAGUUAUGAUGAAAAAACAUGGGCUGAAAGAAAUGCAGCAACAUUAUUAUAUAGUUCAUUAAUAACAAGAAUAUUUGGUGUACAAAGAACACGAGAUCAUGUUAAUUUAACAGUACAUAAUAAAAUGACUGUUAAAAUAUUUUUUGAUAGAUAUCCAAUAUUAUUAGAAUUUAUGUUUAAUGAACUUGAUAAUUUUGUUAAAUUAAAUGAUCGUAUUAUUAAACCAAGUAUACAAGCAAUAUUAUUAAUAUUAUCAAGAUUAUAUUUAAGUAUUCAUACAGAUAUACAAGAAGAUAAUGAUAAAAUUAAUAAAUUUAUUAAAUUAAUAUCAUCAUGUGCUAAAAGUAGAGUUUAUAAAACUCGUGAAUUAGCUGCAAGAGCAUUAGUACCAUUUUUAAAUGUAAAUACAGUUGAAUUAUUUUUGCUAAAAUUAUUUAAAAAUAUAUCUGAUGAUAAAAAACGUUUAAAUUUAAAUUUAAUGCAUGGUUAUAUAUUGCAAAUACUUGAAAUAACAAAAACUGGAAUUUUAACAUCAUGUGAAUUAUCAAUGGAAAAUCUUGAUUUAUUUAUUAUUCGUUCAUCAUGGAUAUUAGAAAAUCUUGAAGUUAAUAAUAAUUUACCAGCUUGUUAUCCAUUAGCAACAGUUUACAUUGAAACACUUCAAGAAUUAUUAAAAAUACGUAAUUAUUUGGAUAAUCAAAUAAUAUUUAAUAAAUUUUUUUAUCGUUUAUUAAAUCAUACAAGUAUUCAUGAAAUACCAGUAUUGAAAAAUCGUCCAGGUAAAGAAACAUAUGAAGCAACUGCAGCAAAAUUUCUAAUAAAAUUAAUGGAAGUUAGAUCAAAAGAUGAAAUUGUAUUAUCAAAAUUAAUUGAUGCAUGGAGUGGUAUAUUAUCAUAUAAUAAUUGUGAAGUACAAAUAACUGGUUGGAUGAAUAUUGUACUUGCAAUACAUCAAACAUCAAGUGAAAAAUUAUUACAUUGUUCAAUUGAUAUUGCAAUAAAACAUUUAAGAAAAUCACAGUUAAUUGAUAAUGAACUAAAAAAUGUUAUUUAUGAAUUUUUACAUGAUGUUUUUUUGGCAAAUGAACAAAAUUUAGAACCAUAUAAAUCUUGGGAUAAUUUUAAAUCAUUAUCAAAAGCAAUUAUUAUCAUAUUUCAAGAUAAAAUGCCUGAUGAAUCAUCAAGUUUGUUUAAAUUAUUAGGAAAAGUAUUUGGUAAAUUAAUUAAAAAUAAAAUAUAUAUGGAACUUGUUGAAACUUUGGAUGAUAAAGUAUUUGAAAUGUUUUGUGAUAAUUCAUGGACUGGAUCAGCUAGUUAUGAUUGUCGUAUUGCAAUUGCUUCAAUUAUACAUGAUGUUUAUUUUGAUAUUAGAAAAACUAAAAGAAAGCUAGUUCAUGGUAUUUUAUUAAAUUGGUGGACAACUGUUUUAAAUUUAUUAAUUGAUGAUAAUAUUGAAGUACGUAAAUUAGCUGCAAUUGCAAUUUCAAAAGUAGAACCAGUUAAUCAAUUAAAAUGCAAUUCAAGUUCAUUAAAAUUAUUUUUUAAUAAAUUUUCGAAAUGUUUUUAUGACGAAGAAAGUAGUAUGUUUGCUGCUUAUUUUGUAUGGAGUUUAAAUCUUUCUGAUGGAGAUUAUGAAAUGGAUGAAAGUGAUGUAUUCAACAAGUGUUACAAUUAUGAAAAUUUUGAACCACUUGCAAUAUCAGAUCUUUGUGGAGAAUAUUUAACAACGUUAGUUGAUCGUCUUGAUAUUAAUAUUGCAUUUCCGCUUGAUGUACAAAAUUGGUUAGCAAGAAGAUUAAAUAUUUCACCCAUGGAAUGUCAAGAUCCUCAUACUUUGGUUAAAUUUUAUUAUCAAAGUCUACCUAAUCUUAAUGGAAAACUAAUUGACAUACUUGAUCCAACAUACAAUGACAAAUUACUUCAAAUUCUUGCUUUUGAAAAAUUUGGUUAUAUUGGAAAUGAAAAAAAUUUGAAAUAUUCAUUGGCAAGUGUAGAAUUGUAAAAAAAAUGAGUUAAAUUAAUCAACGAUUUUAUCCAACGAGCAUGACAU